CCUCCCCACACCAACUAUAAAAGCCUAUACUCUUUGUCCCUCCACAGCCACUACUCACUCUCAUCCGCAAAUAACCUUUGUUCCAGGCCGAGACUCACUGAUCGCAUUACAAACCACAAUGACUGAUCUGGAGAGUUCACUGGCCACCAUCAUGGAGGUGUUCCAUAAGUAUGCAGAGAAAGAAGGGGACAAGCACAAACUGAAGAAAUGUGAACUGAAAGACUUGAUCAAUGAGGAGCUACCAGCCCUUACAGGGCAAGUGAAGGACCAGGCCACUAUGGACAGUUUGAUGGAGAGCCUGGACACGGAUGGAGACUCGGAAUUGGACUUCCAAGAGUUCAUGACAUUUAUCACCAUGGUAACUGUCUGUUGCCAUGAUUUCUGCGAGCACCAUGAGGACGAGUAGCUAGGCACCAGUUAAACAAGAGAGAGAGAGAAAGAGAGUAAAUUAUGAAGUAGGAACUUUAGUUUGAUAAAAAAAACUUAAAUGUCAAUGAAAACGUUGUAUUUUUCCUGUUGGUCCCAUUUAGUUUCAAUAGGUUUCUUAUACCCUGUUUGCCUACAAAGGGUUAAGGCACUUUGUUUCAUUGCCUGUGUCUUGUCAGAGUUGACAAAACCAAAUUGGUUUAGUACUGAAACUUCAUAGAAUAGCUUUUGCCAACAAAGCAUAGAGCACUUUCCUUGUUAUACUGUAAAGCUAAGACCCAAGGUAAUAGACUCGUGCAUUUAUGCGGCUCUAAAUUGGUUAAAUUGUUAUCACUAACAAUGCAUGUAUAAUCAGCUACAUUGGACAUGGUUUGGCAAGUAAAACAAGUAUUCUCCAGUUUGAUUUUGAACCCAAAAAAUGUUGACGAAUUCCAGCCAAUAUCUUGAACUGAAUUCUGUUUUUAUGAAAGUUGUUUUCAAAUUGAACUGUGCUUUGUGAGAUGCUAUUAAAAGUAUAACAUAGAGAAUCAAUAAAGAUGAUCCGAUGAAUACAAGGACAUACUUUUCACCAGUUA